GAAUUGUUUACGUAUGUUGACCAAUAUACUAUAUACUUAGAGAGAAAAAAAGAGAGACAGACUCCAUUUUUUCACUUCUUCGACCUGAAAAACGUGACUCUCAUUGAAACAUGGCAAAGAAACCUGUCAAGUACUACGUGGUGGACGCGUUCACUGAGUCAGCGUUCAAGGGGAACCCGGCAGCCGUAUGUUUCUUAGAGGAAGAAGAUCAAAGGGACGAGAAGUGGUUUCAACUGGUGGCAGCCGAGUUCAACAUCUCCACUACGUGUUACUUGACUCAGCUCACUCACUCUGACUCACCCACUCCUCAGUUCCGUAUCAGAUGGUUCAGCCCUGUAGCUGAGCUUCAGCUUUGUGGUCAUGCCACAUUGGCUGCUGCACACACAAUCUUUACUUCUAGUUUUAUGAAUUCUAGCAUUGUGGAAUUUGUCACCGUAUCCGGAAUUGUGACUGCUAGAAGGGUUCCCGAAAUCAAAACAAUCGAUGGUUUGAAUUCUCAGAAUGGCGAAUCACAUGAGAGCUUUCUUAUUGAAUUGAAUUUUCCUACCACCCCAAUGACUGAUUUAAAUUCUGCUGAGGUUUCAACAAUUUCCAAUGCCCUGAAUGGUGCUUCUGUGAUUGAUAUAAAGAGGACAACAGCUAAAGAUGAUAUCGUUGUCAUUCUCCCAUCAGGACAAGCUGUUGAAGAACUACAGCCACAGUUUGAUGCAAUACGCAAAUGUCCAGGAAGGGGGAUAAUUAUUUCAGGGGUUGCUCCCCUAGGAUCUGGAUUUGACUAUUACUAUCGAUAUUUCGGCCCAAAAUUUGGGAUCAAUGAGGAUCCUGUAACUGGGAGUGCAAAUUGUGCCUUAACACCAUACUGGAGCAAAAAAUUGGGGAAGUGCGAUUUGAUUGCUUAUGCGGCAUCACCUAGAGGUGGAGUACUAAACAUUCAUUUAGACGAACAAAACCAAACAGUGCUUCUGCGAGGAAAAGCCAUUACUGUCAUGGAAGGGUCUCUUCUAGUUUAGAGAUUUGGAGUUGAAACUCCAUGUUUUGUUUUUUAUACAAUUGAAAUAAAUGGUUACUGGGUAUAAGAAUCACUUGGAAUUGGAAUUUGACUUUCAACUUAUUACGUCA